UAAAGGUCUUUUUUAGUUAAGACCAGGAGCUGGCACUUGUUGGCCAAAGCAUUUGCGGCAGGACUGAAGACCUGAGAGUUCUGAGGGUUGUGGACUUUCUUGGUGCCGCUUCAGGUCUCGUGCUCAUUUUGGAAUCAUUUCGCUUGUUUGGAAUGAAUGUGUUAAUAUUUUCAUCCUGACUGAGAGUUUGGACAGAUUCCCAUUUCUCUGGCAGACAUUCAGAGGAGUGACAUUACGGAAACAUUUUACACCUCACUGAGUGAAGAUAAAGCACAGGAGGAGUAAACAGCAAAUAGGUGGUGUCAUGACCCCACGGGAACAGCUAAGGAAGAUAUCGGCGCUGGGAGAGCAAGGUGCCCUAGAUGAGAAACACUGGUACCGAAUGGUCAAUGGAAUGUCUGCUGGAGCAGAGAUAAGGCAAAGGCAGGAGCUCAUGAUGAGGAACCAAAUGGCCAUGACUCCACAGAUCUUGACUCAGGGGCAGCAGAGACUGCAGGGUGUCCCGGCACAGUUUGAUCCCCGCUUCAUGGAAAGGGACCUGAUGCCGCCCACUGAAAUAGUAUCAGCUGACGCUAGACAAAUCCACAUGGGUGCCCACUUCGGCCACUCUCUGCCCACAAACUCCAAUGUUAUUCCAGGCAGAGGAUUCCCUGGCACAGGUUACGGCUUCCUUCCAACUGAAUCCAUGGAGACGGUUGCUAGACGACAGGAGUUAAUUCACAAACAGAACAUCGCCAGGAUGGAGAUGAAUGCUAUCCUGCACCAAAAAGAACUGGAGAACUCCCACCAAAAGGGUCUUAUCGGGAUGGAGAAUCCUAUGAUGUACCAAGGCAUCCAACCCAAUCCAACGGCCUUCAGGGGACGCCAGCGGCUCCCAGAUAAUCAUGAUGUAUUCAUCCAUCGCACUGCCCUUGAAGACCUGCAUGCUAACAGUCUCCUAAUGUCAAGCCCUUACCCACCGAUCAACACAUUGCAAAGAGAGCGAGGACGCAGGACCGGCAGAAGGACUGCCAAUCAUAAGAGCUCAUACAGCAACAUCACUCUCCCAAAAGGCCAAUCAGAAGAGAAGAACAUCGAGCAGAGUCCAGGAGCUGCUUCAGGGGAGGAGAAGGAUGUUGAAGGGAAAGAUGAAGUGAGCAAUGAGACCACCACCAGCAAACCACACCAAAACAAAGUAGAAACAGAGCUGUCUUCUGGCAGUAGUAGGAAAAGUUUUAAGGAAGGAGAGCCAGGGAUUCGCAACGCAUGUGUUAGUGGACAGGAGGGCUGUACAGAAGUCACCAACUGCAAUGCUAGCACCAGUGAAAAAGACAUAUCCAGCCACUGCUCAGCUUUUCAUGAAAAGUUUCUGUACCCGUCUGUUUCUGGCCCGCUCACAGGGAUGCCCUACAUGCCCCCCUUGCCAGGAAAUGGACUACCACUUGGACAUCCUACUAUGUUUCUUAAUGGAGAAGAAAUGUCUUCAUUAGAAGAUAUUCGCAAGUGGUCAGAUGAUGACGUCUACAACUUCAUCAGUGAAAUACCAAGCUGCGCUGAAUAUGCACAGACAUUCAAAGACCACAUGAUUGAUGGAGAGACCUUACCUCUUCUUACAGAGGACCACCUCCUGGAUACACUUGGGCUAAAGCUCGGGCCUGCGCUCAAGAUACGAUCACAGUUGUCCCGACGGCUGGGUAACAUGUUCUACAACAUGAUGAACUUGCCUCUCGCCGUCUCCGGUCUGCAGCCUCCACCUGAGAAAAGCGGGGACAGAUCAUCAGACAUCAGCUCCCCCCUCAACUGCAACAGUGUGGAGCUGCUCAGCAGCCCAAGAGACACAGAAGCUCUUAAAGCUACAGAACCUGUUAGUGAAGCUGAUAAUCCCUCACCGACCCAGAUGAGUGAGACCACCUGAAUAACCAUGCAGAACUCAGUGGCGGCUGAUCAACAGGGGGCGCUGGGGCACCACCCUCCUCAAGUUAAAUGAAGCCUACUUCAACAUGUUAAUGAGUCAAUUUAUUGAACAAUUUUCAGUCUUUAAACUGACAUCUUAAAGGAUUUGGUAUCCUGUGGCUCCCUCGUGUGGACAACAUUAAUAUUAUGGCCUUAAUCUCUGAAUCACAUUAAUAUAAAUGGCAGAUAUAUAUAUUUUUUUAAUAAUUACACAUUUAAUGAUUUCUUUACAAACAAUACACCCACAUUAAACUCAAAUUCACUGAUUCAUGGAAUCUUAUUUCAUGCUUUAACAGUUGAUUUUCAAACUUCAAUUUUUAAGCUAAGCAGUAAUGAUACAUUAUUAUAGCCCUUUUUAAAUGGUUAUUUAACAAUUGCAUUCAGUCCCGCUGCUUGCAUUAACAGUGUGUUUCACUUUGUUGGCUCCCUCAAAAAAAAUUUACCACCAGCCGCCACUGGCAGAAUUGUUGGACUUCUUUUUAUAACUCAAAAAUUAUUUUCUAUUUUGACACCAAAAACAUAAGGAAGACAGGUACUGACAUUUUUACAGUGAACUGACUGAUUCUAUGCUUUUGAAUAUUCAUCACAAAUAUAUUGUAGGCUCAGAAUGUGGUUUCAAACAGACUAGGAGACUGUCGAAUGCUGGGUUUUUUUCUAUGUUUCUAUAUGUUUUAAUAAGUCAGUAAAUCAUUUACAUUUUUUUUCUUUUUCAUUACUGCCCUUUUUAUUGUACAAUUGUAUUUUGUUUUUUACUUCA